UCCGUGAUUUUGAAUCGGGGGGGAAGUUUGUACCAGUGCGCUGUCGGACUUUUGGAGACUUCAGUGUUGUGCGCUUCUCUCUCCGGUGCGUCACGCGCUCCGCAAGCCUUUCCGCUGGAAAAGCGCACGACUGCGGGACCCCCCUCCCCUAACCCUUCUCCUCCUCCUCCGACGACGACGACGAGUGUCAUACAUGCAAACACGAGCCACGUCUUCCUCCGGCUUCUCUCUCUCGACGCGGUUCCCCCGCACAAGCUCGACUUCGCCUCGGCUCCGCGGUGGCACCCGUCUCUCCCUGGAGCGAAAUGGAUGUCAUCCCCAUGUGCAGCAUCUUCCAGGAGCUCCAGAUUGUGCACGACACCGGAUACUUUUCGGCUCUGCCGUCCCUGGAGGAGUACUGGCAGCAGACAUGCCUGGAGCUGGAGCGGUACCUGCAGAGCGAGCCCUACGUCUCGGCCACGGACCUCAAGUUUGACAGCCAGGAGGACCUGUGGAGCAAGCUGAUGCUCGCCUGCGGGGACAAGUCGAGCGACGCGGACCCAAAGAUCCCCCGCAUCAAGGAGGAGGAGGACAAUCAGGACAUCCGGCACGCGGACGCCGGCGGCUUCAACUCCGACGCCAGCAGCGAGGCCUCGGACAGCUCCGAGGAGCUCUCGCCGACCCUCGACUUCUCCGCCGGCUCUCUGACGGACAUUCUGGCCGACGGCGGCGAGGACCUGGGCUCCGCCGUCAUCGGCACGCCGCCGUCCUCGCCCGAGCUGGGCAAGGACGGCUCGGCGGCGCAGCCGUGGAGCGGGACGCCGACGGCGGUGCACUCGCCGGGGAAAAUAAGGACUACUGGGGGCGCGGAGAGGUCGGGGCUCGCCAGCGGGGAGGCGUCGCCCGACGGCAGGAGGCGGGUUCACCGGUGCAACUUCAACGGAUGCAGGAAGGUGUACACCAAGAGCUCGCACCUCAAAGCACACCAGCGCACGCACACAGGUGAGAAGCCCUACAGGUGUUCGUGGGAGGGCUGCGAGUGGCGCUUUGCGCGGAGCGACGAGCUCACCAGACACUUCAGGAAGCACACCGGAGCCAAGCCAUUCAAAUGCAGCCACUGCGACAGGUGUUUCUCCCGCUCCGACCACCUGGCACUGCACAUGAAGAGGCACAUCUAAGAUGGCCUCCUUGUCCGGAGCCCUGAGGGAUGAUUACGCUUCGAUUGUCCCGGCCCCCGAUCCCCGACCCACCCCAGCGAGGCCGGUGUGUCCUGGGGAGCGCCAAACAGGAAACGCCGCCGCCGCCGCCGCCGCCGUGUUCCAGGCAGUGGAAGAAGAAAAAACCACGAAGCAACGCAGGCUAUUAUUUUGCACCGCACUCAGUGCCUCCAACACCUCGCUGUGGAGAUCGCUCUUGAAAGGCUUUCUUUUCUCUUUUUCACAGAGGAGCAGGAGGGCGAGGAGAGAGAGAGACUUGACAAUUUUCUUUUUCUUUUUAAAAAAAAAAAAAAAUGGGGAAAAAAUCUGGGCCGGAGAGGAC